GCCAGGUCUAAACCACUGUGGCAGCAGACUUGUCCUUCAUUCCAUCUGAGCAAAGAACAGAAAGAUGACAAGUCAGAUGAGUUUACUGUAAAAAAUGAGUAUUCUUCUGCAGAAUAUUUGAAGGUGGGAUACAAGAGACACAAGUUACAGGAUUCUAGAUAUAAUGAAGCAGGUGCUGGACCAUCAACUUGUACAUUGCAGAGUAGCAGUCAUCUGAAAAGAAACCAGGAAAGUUUCAGAAGUGCUCUUGUUAACAUUAUACUACAGCAAGACCUUACUGAAGAACAGCUUCCAUGCCUUGAUGGAACUCAGUCUCCAAGAGCAGAUUCUUCUACACCAAUAGAGAAAGAUAUUUUGAAAUACUACUAUUACAUUUGCCAUGGAAUUGAUACAGAAAAUGUGGCCCCAAUGGAUGAAUCAUGGCUAGACCACAUCUUAGCUUUAAUUCCACAACAUCUGAAAGUACUUAAUGAAAGUAUACGUUCCCUGACUGAUGAAAUUAAAGAAGACUAUCUUCUGAGUGUAAAAAAGGCUAUAGUUGACUUUGUUUUAAGAGACACCAGGGAAAAAGAUGAAGACAAGAAGGAAGAUAUUCUUCUACCUCAUCGUGCAGAAAUAGCAGUAGUACCGAAACCUUGGAACAAGUCUUUCUUGUCAGCACGCAGAUACCUGAAAGAAAAUUUGCAUGCAAUAAAUCCUUCAAUGCUUGCUGUUCUGAACUUAUGGGAGACCUCAUUUAAAAAUUUUCGCCUUCUUGAUACAGAAAUAUUUCACAAUAAACAAGAAGCUGAGGAACUGUCAUCUUUCCAGAAUACAGUCAUGAAUGAAAUUGGAAAAUCCAAAGUGAUUCUAUCUAACAAGUGGUUUCCAGAAGUGCAGAAAAUCUUUUACCAAGGUAGUAAACGAAAACAAGUACCUAGCAAUGCCAGCAUCACUAAACUAGAGUCUUUCUUCGGUUGUGCUGCCACGUUAAUGACUCAUCAACUGCAACAUUUACUUUUACAUUCACUUCAAGACUUUACAGAUUUAAUAGUUCAACCUGCAGAAACAAUCCAAGCGUACAAACACCCAGGUUUAAUCCUGAGGCUAAUUCUUGAGAAUGAUGGUAUUAAAUUUGAACCUGACUUUAAUGACUUCAGGGAUGUAUUACUGAAUGUUUAUACUGUUAUGAUUGAAGCUGUCAGUGAUAUACCAAGAGUUGAGACAAAGUUAUUUUCUAAGUGGGAAAGUGAAUCCUCAUCAGCUGUCUUGAAGCCUGUUAUCCUAGAUGAGAUCUUGGAUGGACAUAAGAGAAGGAUCAGAGAAGAAAUUACGAAAGAAAGUGCUGCACCUGUGGAACAUCUCAAGCUGUAUGAUAAGUACAGCUUCCUGAUAAACAAACAAGCUGAACAUGAUGUUGAUCAAUUCCUGACAGAGGAACUUACCUUUGAAGAAAUGAAAAGGGAAAUCAUAAAGUACCAGAAACUUUCUAAGGAAAUAAAAUAUACUUCUAAGAAGUGUUUCCGUCUAGGAAUGUUUGAAUUGCAUUGUGAUGAAUUGAUAAAUGCUUUGGUGAAGCGAGCAGAUAAUAUUUGUGAAAAAAUUAUUUCCAGAAUGUUCAAAGAUCAUCAAGACAUGAGUGUGAGACUAUGUGAUGGGUUUGAGAGAAUAGCAGAAAAAGCCCUUACUACUCCGUCCAAUACACAGGAACUAAUGGAACUUAAGGCCUGUAUGCAGAAAAUGGAAACAUGUGACAUGCUUGAAUUGGAGCAGAAAUUAGUGAAUGCUGUAAAUUAUGUUGCUUUCCUGAUAGAAUGUGUCAGCUUUUCACCAGCAGACAUUCGACUGAACAGUAAUGUUUUUCAAUGGUAUGCACGAAUGCCAGAUAUCUUUGAAGAGCACAGAAAGAUGAUUGAAGAAAAAACAGAUCAAUUUCAAGAUGGUCUUAAGAUACGCUGUGAACAAUUUGUUGAGGAUCUGAAAAGCUACUCUAAGGAGGCUGAAGAACUUAGCACAUUUGGAGAUAUUCAGGAAGUCAACAGAUACUUGAAGAAAGCUCAAGCGUUAAAUACAAAAUUGGAUCUUGCUGCUGAAAAGAUUGAUCAGUUCAAUUCAGAAGAAGAAUCCUUUGGAUUGCCAAUAUCUCAGUACCCUCAGCAUAAAAACAUCCGGAAUACCCUUACUCCUUAUCUUCGUCUCUAUGAUAUGACUGUUGAAUUCAACAGAAAAUUUAAAGAUUGGACAGAGGGAUCAUUUACAGAAGUGAAUCCAGACAAAGUAGAGGUAGAUGUAGGAAACUACUGGCAUGGUCUGUAUAAACUGGAAAAAACCUUCCACAAUUCUCCAAAUGCAUUAGCAAUAACCAGUCAGGUUAAAUCAAAAGUAGAGGAAUUCAGAUGCCACAUUCCUCUAAUCCAGGUGAUCUGCAAUCCUGGUUUGCAAGAAAGGCACUGGGAAGAGAUGUCAAAAAUUGCUGGUUUACCACUAUCUCCUUCUGAAGACUCAAAUGUCUUGUCAUAUAUUAACUUGCAUCUUGAACCAUUCCUAGAAAAGUUUGAGACCAUCAGUGAAACAGCCAGCAAAGAGCAUUCACUUGAGAAAGCUUUAACAAAAAUGAUUUCUGAAUGGGAUCAGAUGGAGUUCACUCUUCUUGCCUAUAGAGAAACAGGAACCUAUAUUUUGUCAUCUGUAGAUGAUAUUCAGAUGUUAUUGGAUGACCACAUUGUCAAAACCCAGACUAUGAGAGGAUCUCCAUUUGUUAAGCAUUAUGAAAAGAGAAUAAGGGAAUGGGAAGGAAAGCUGUUGUUGGUACAGGAGAUCCUGGAUGAAUGGCUGAAGGUUCAGGCUACUUGGCUUUAUUUGGAGCCAAUUUUCAGUUCUCCUGACAUCAUGGCUCAGAUGCCUGAGGAAAGUAGACGGUUCACUACAGUGGCUAAGACAUGGAAAGACUUAAUGAAAUCAAUUUUUCAGGACAAGCAUGUGCUGACAGUAGCAAUAAUAGACAAGAUGUUGGAAAAACUCAGGAAGUGUAAUGAAUUUCUGGAGCUAAUUCUCAAGGGACUUAAUGAAUACCUAGAGAAGAAGCGCCUGUUUUUCCCCAGAUUCUUUUUUUUAUCUAAUGAUGAACUUCUUGAGAUACUUUCAGAGACCAAAGAUCCUACUCGAGUACAACCUCACUUGAAAAAGUGUUUUGAAGGAAUUGCAAGAGUGGAAUUUACUGAUGUAUUAGAUAUUACACACAUUAAAAGUAGUGAAGGAGAGACUGUGGAACUCAUAGAGACAAUCUCGACAUCAAAGUCUAGAGGUCAAGUUGAAAAAUGGCUUGUUGAACUGGAGGCAGCUAUGCUGAAGUCUGUCCACAAGGUCAUUGGGGAUGCACUUGAAGCUUAUCCAAAAACACCACGUAUUAAUUGGGUAAGAGAGUGGCCUGGACAAACAGUUCUUUGUGUAUCCCAAACUUUCUGGACAAUGCAAGUACAGAUCUCUAUUAGAAGUGGCCAAAUGGCACUAGAGGAUUUUCUGGAACAGAAUAAUAGACAAAUUGAGGACAUUGUCACCUUGGUGCGAGGAAAACUGUCUAUGCAGAAUCGAGUGACUCUAGGAGCACUUGUUGUGCUUGAUGUUCAUGCUAGGGAUGUUCUUGCAUCUCUAGUAAGCAAGAAAGUCAAAGAUGAGAGUGACUUUGAAUGGUUAAGCCAGCUUAGGUACUACUGGGAGGAAGGGCAUUUACAAACAAAGAUGAUCAACGCUGGACUGAGGUAUGGAUACGAGUAUCUUGGCAAUACCCCUAGGCUGGUUAUUACUCCACUAACAGACAGAUGUUACAGAACCCUAUUUGGUGCACUACACCUACACCUUGGAGGUGCCCCUGAAGGUCCUGCUGGAACUGGAAAAACAGAAACUACAAAAGAUUUAGCAAAGGCUGUAGCUAAACAGUGUGUGGUUUUCAAUUGUUCCGAUGGAUUGGAUUACCUUGCAUUAGGAAAAUUUUUUAAGGGUUUAUUGUCUUGUGGGGCAUGGGCUUGCUUUGAUGAAUUCAACAGGAUUGAUUUGGAAGUACUCUCUGUGGUUGCUCAGCAGAUUUUUACUAUCCAAAGAGGCAUUAAUUCAGGAUCUGAUUUAAUAGUAUUUGAAGGAACUGAACUAAAACUGAACCCUACAUGUGCUGUCUUCAUUACCAUGAAUCCUGGUUAUGCUGGGCGUUCAGAGCUUCCUGAUAAUCUUAAGGCUCUCUUUAGAACAGUAGCUAUGAUGGUUCCUGAUUAUGCCAUGAUUGCAGAAAUUGUUCUGUAUUCUUGUGGUUUUGUUACUGCUCGACCUCUGUCUGUAAAAAUUGUAGCUACAUAUCGUCUGUGUUCAGAGCAGUUGUCUUCUCAGCACCACUAUGAUUAUGGAAUGAGAGCUGUGAAGUCAGUACUCACUGCUGCUGGGAAUCUGAAGCUGAAAUAUCCAUUGGAAGAUGAAGAAAUUUUACUCCUUAGAUCCAUUACGGAUGUCAACCUGCCUAAAUUCUUGUCUCAUGAUUUACCACUUUUUGAGGGCAUUACCUCUGAUUUGUUUCCUGGUGUGAAGCUACCAAAACCAGACUACAAUGACCUAUUGGAAGCCAUCAAAACAAACUGUGAUGCUAUGAAUUUGCAAAUGACUGAUGAAUUUACUAUGAAGAUCCUGCAAAUAUAUGAGAUGAUGAUUGUGCGUCAUGGCUUUAUGAUAGUUGGUGAGCCUUUUGGGGGAAAAACAUGUGCAUAUCGAGUUCUGGCAGGAGCAUUGGGAGACAUAUGUGAGAAGGGGCUGAUGGAAGAAAACAAAGUUCAGAUCACUGUUUUAAAUCCCAAAUCCAUAACAAUGGGUCAGCUAUAUGGACAGUUUGAUCCAGUGUCACAUGAAUGGUCAGAUGGCAUCCUAGCAGUGAGCUUCAGAGCAUUUGCUUCUUCCCCAACUCCAGAUAGGAAAUGGUUGGUUUUUGAUGGACCAGUGGAUGCAGUGUGGAUUGAGAAUAUGAAUACUGUGCUUGAUGAUAAUAAAAAGUUGUGCCUUAUGAGCGGAGAGAUCAUCCAAAUGUCACAGCAAAUGAGCCUUAUUUUUGAGCCAAUGGAUUUAGAAGUUGCUUCUCCUGCUACUGUUUCACGGUGUGGUAUGGUGUAUAUGGAGCCCCAUAUGUUAGGCUGGAGACCAUUAAUGAUGUCGUGGCUAAAUACAAUGCAUUCAGGAAUCAGCUCUGAGCAUAAAGAAUUUAUAAUAGGCCUGUUUGACAGAAUGGUUCCACUCUGUCUUGAGUUUAUUAGGAAAUACACAAAGGAACUAUCUCCUACUUCAGAUACAAACUUAGUUCGAUCGCUGAUGAAUCUGAUGGACUGCAUGAUGGAUGAAUUUGCUGAUGAAGCCAAAGUUAAAGAUAUGAAUGACCAUGACAUUUUCUCUUGGCUUGAGGGUAUCUUUUUGUUUUCACUGAUAUGGUCUGUAGGAGCUAGCUGUAAGGAAGAUGAUCGACUGAAAUUUGACCAAGUUGUGCGAGAAAUGCUUAAUGGACCAAUUAGUGAGGAGACAAGAGAACGGUACAAAUUGCUGAGCAGUAUUGAUCAACAGCCUUCAAAAGCUUUUACAGUCCCAUUUCCAACAGAAGGAACAAUUUACAGUUAUCGAUUUGUCAAAAAGGGAGCAGGAAUUUGGGAACCCUGGGUGGAAACACUCAAAUCAGCUCCUCCUAUACAUCAAGAUAUGAUGUUUAAUGAAAUAAUUGUACCAACUCUGGACACAGUUCGAUACAUGGCAUUGAUGGAAUUGUUGACAGUGCAUCAAAAACCCUCUAUAUUUGUGGGACCAACAGGAACUGGAAAAAGUACUUAUAUUACUAAUUUUCUUUUAAAUAAUUUGGAUAAAGAAGUCUACAAGCCACUGUUCAUUAACUUUUCAGCACAAACUACAGCAGCUCAGACUCAGAAUAUUAUAAUGUCCAAGUUGGACAAAAGGAGAAGAGGAAUUUUUGGACCUCCUCUUGGGAAAAGAAUGGUUGUAUUUGUAGAUGAUGUUAAUAUGCCUGCACGAGAGGUCUAUGGUGCUCAACCACCUGUUGAAUUACUACGACAGUGGUUAGAUCACUGGAAUUGGUAUGACCUUAAAGACUGCUCAGUGAUUAAACUUGUAGAUGUUCAGAUUGUGUGUGCAAUGGGACCACCAGGUGGCGGUCGAAACCCAGUAACACCACGAUUCUUGCGACACUUCAAUACAGUUACUAUUAAUGAGUUUGAUGAUGAAUCCAUGUACACAAUUUUUUCUCGAAUCUUAGACUGGCAUCUAACAGCAUGUUACAGCUUUCCAUCACAAUAUGUAGAACUGACUCCGCAAAUUAUCAAUGGAACCAUGCAUAUAUAUAAAGAAAGUAUGAAGAAUCUACUUCCUACCCCAGCGAAAUCUCACUAUUUGUUCAAUCUCCGUGAUUUUUCACGUGUUAUUCAAGGUGUUUGCCUGUCAAGGCCUGAAACAACAGAAUCUGCAGGAGUUAUAAAACGCCUCUGGGUUCAUGAGGUUCUUAGAGUGUAUUAUGAUCGCUUGGUGGAUAAUCCUGACCGGGCUUGGCUUGUUGGAUUUAUCCAAGAAGUAGUGAAAAAUGACUUACAUGAAGACUUUCACGAACUUUUCCAGCAUCUGGAUUUCAACAAUGAUGGCAGAGUGGAAGAAGAUGACUUACGUAGCUUAAUGUUUUGUGAUUUUCAUGACCCUAAGAGAGAGGACACUAAAUACAGGGAGAUUAGCAAUGUGGAUCAAUUGAGAUUAAUUGUAGAGAGUCAACUUGAAGAGUUCAAUAACACGAGCAAAAAGCCAAUGCAGCUUGUCUUGUUCCGAUUUGCUAUAGAACAUAUUUGUCGAAUUUCCCGUAUUCUGAAACAGCCUCGCAGCCAUGCCCUCCUUGUUGGUGUUGGAGGUAGUGGUCGACAGUCUCUUACUCGAUUGGCAGCAUAUAUGGCUGAAUACAACCUUUUUCAGGUUGAAAUAACAAAAAGUUAUGGUGUCAAUGAGUGGCAUAAAGACUUAAAAGUCAUAUUAAGAAAAUCUACUGAAGGGGAAAUGCAAGGAGUUUUCUUGUUCACAGAUACACAGAUUAAAAAGGAGUCAUUCUUAGAAGACAUUAACAACUUACUAAAUGCAGGUGAAGUGCCAAACCUCUUUGCAGUAGAUGAGAAACAAGAAAUUUGUGAACAAAUGCGUCAAAUAGAUCGCCAACGGGACAGGGCAAAACAGACAGAUGGCAGUCCUGUAGCUCUUUUUAACAUGUUUGUUGAUCGCUGCCGAGAUCAGCUUCAUAUAGUACUGGCAAUGAGUCCCAUUGGAGAUGCUUUCCGUAAUCGCCUUCGUAAAUUUCCAGCUCUUGUCAACUGCUGCACACUAGACUGGUUUCAGACAUGGCCUGAAGAUGCAUUAGAAGCUGUUGCCUCUCGCUUUUUGGAAGAUGUCGAAAUGUCAGAAGAAACUCGAAGUGGGUGUAUUGAGAUGUGCAAAAGCUUUCAUAUGUCUACCAUUGUUUUAUCUGACUUAUACCAUACAGAGCUUCAAAGAUGGAACUAUGUUACACCUACUUCAUACUUGGAAUUGAUCUCCACUUUUAAAAGUCUACUUGAAAAGAAACGCACUAAGGUGAUGAAAAUGAAAAGAAGAUACGAAGUUGGCUUGGAGAAAUUGGACUCUGCUGCAUCUCAAGUAGCCUUGAUGCAGUCUGAGCUGGAGGCUCUGCAACCUCAGUUACGGGAAGCUAGCAAGCAGGUUGAUGAGAUGAUGGUCGUUAUACAAAAAGAAUCUUUGGAAGUAGCUAAAACUGAAAAAGUUGUGAAAGCUGAUGAAGCAGUGGCAAAUGAACAGGCUAUGGCUGCAAAAGCCAUCAAAGAUGAAUGUGAUGCUGACUUAGCACAAGCCAUGCCUCAUUUAGAAAGUGCUCUGGCUGCCCUCGACACUCUUACUCCGCAGGAUAUUACAGUGGUUAAAUCCAUGAAGAGUCCUCCUGCUGGUGUCAAGCUUGCAAUGGAAGCUAUAUGCAUCCUUAAAGGCAUUAAGGCAGACAGGAUUCCAGAUCCAUCAGGUUCUGGAAAAAAAAUUGAGGAUUUCUGGGGUCCUGCUAAGAGACUUCUGGGUGACAUAAAGUUUCUUCAGUCUCUUCAUGAAUAUGACAAGGAUAACAUUCCCCCAGCUUACAUGGCUAUCAUAAGAAAACAGUAUCUUACAAAUCCUGAGUUUGUACCAGACAAGAUUCGAAAUGCUUCUACGGCAGCAGAGGGUCUGUGCAAAUGGGUCAUAGCCAUGGAGUUUUAUGAUACAGUGACAAAAAAUGUUGCACCCAAAAAGCUAAAGUUGAAUCAAGCUGAAGAAAAAUUAAAUAUUGCUAUGGAUAGUCUAAGAAAGAAACAAGCAGACCUUAAGGAAGUUCAAGACAAACUGGCUGUACUUCAGCAGACACUGGAAUCCAAGAAACAAGAGAAGGCUGACCUGGAAAAUCAGGUUGACUUAUGCAGCAAAAAACUACAGCGAGCAGAACAACUGAUUGGUGGUCUUGGGGGCGAGAAAUCUCGCUGGCAUGAGACUGCUUUGAAGCUGGGAAGGCAGUACAUCAAUUUGACUGGAGAUAUACUUAUUUCAUCUGGAAUUGUAGCUUACCUAGGAGCCUUUACGUCCAGCUACAGACAAGUGCAAACUAAAGAGUGGGCAUUGCUAUGUAAAACAAAAGACAUUCCUUGUUCUGAUGAUUUUUCCUUAACAAAUACCUUGGGAGAACCAGUGGAAAUCAGAACUUGGAAUAUUGCUGGACUACCUUCUGACAUGUUUUCUAUUGAUAAUGGCAUCAUUAUCUCUAAUGCAAGAAGAUGGCCUCUGAUGAUAGAUCCUCAGGGUCAAGCAAACAAAUGGAUAAAGAAUAUGGAAAAAGCCAAUAAUUUGCAUAUAAUCAAACUCAGUGACCCUCAGUUCGUUACAACACUGGAAAAUUGCAUUCAGUUUGGCAGUCCUGUGCUACUGGAGAAUAUUGGAGAAGAACUUGAUCCCAUCCUAGAGCCACUUUUGCUCAAACAGACAUUUAAGCAGUCGGGGAGUAUAUGCAUUUGCCUUGGAGACUCCACUAUCGAGUAUGCUCCUGAAUUCCGCUUUUAUAUUACAACUAAGAUGAGAAAUCCACAUUAUCUUCCUGAAACUUCUGUUAAGGUAAGAAUUUUGAAAAUGAAU